UCCCACUUUCACUGUUAGCAAAUCAAAGCACCAAGCUUGCACAAACAUGGACGUUGGCGACCAACUAUGCGAGGCGGCGAAGAACGGCGACGCCGGAAAAGUGAAAGCUUUAAUCGAGUCCGGCGCUGACGUUUCGCACUUCGAUGGCGAAGGCCUCACUCCGCUCAUGCACGCCGCCAAGCACGGCCACGCCGACGUCGUCAAGAAGCUUCUCGAAGCUGGUGCUCCCUGGAACGCCCUCUCUCCUUCCAAUCUCUCCGCCGGAGAUUUCGCCAUGGACGCCGGCCACCAGGAGGCCUUCGAUAUCCUUCUCAACGCCGGGAUUCAAGCUGAGUUGGUAUUGGGAACCAUUGCAAGGAAAGAUAAUAAGAUAGGUGAUUGCAAUGGGGAUUACUUGGAGGAUAGGGUUAGCUUCAGUGAGGAUAAGCUUAUGGACGCAGAGAGCAAGGCUGUUAUGAUGGCUUGGGAGAAACCGUUGAUGGAGGCUCAUGCUAAAGCUGUUUGCUCAGGAGGCGGUCACAUACUCAACAUUGGAUUUGGAAUGGGACUUGUGGAUACAGCCAUUCAGCAAUAUGCACCGGCUUCACACACCAUUGUCGAGGCUCAUCCGGAGGUUUACGAACGUAUGAUUCGAACCGGUUGGGCAGAGAAGGAUAAUGUGAAGAUAAUAUUUGGCCGUUGGCAAGACGUACUACCGCAACUUGAGUUGUAUGACGGUAUUUUCUUUGACACCUAUGGUGAGUAUUAUGAGGACCUAAGGGAGUUCCAUCAAUAUCUUCCUGCGCUGCUGAAACCUGAGGGAAUCUACUCAUUUUUCAAUGGCCUUUGUGGUGGUAAUCCUUUCUUUCAUGUUGUUUACUGUCAGUUAGUGUCCCUCGAACUCGAGAAUUUAGGGUACUCGACUCAAUUAAUCCCCCUGCCUGUCAAGAAUUGUUUGGGAGAAGAAGUUUGGGAAGGCGUGAAACACAAAUAUUGGCAACUUGAUACAUAUUACCUCCCCGUUUGUCAGUCUAUACAGGAUUCUGAGUGAUAAUUCAGCUUUUAAUUACUUUUCGUUUGUUCGUU